UGAAGGACAUUUGAUACAUGAGUGACUGGACACAUAUCAAAUGAUGUCUCAAGAGUCAGUUGACAUUCAACAAACUCUGCAUCACAGGGUGCUGAUAGCUGCAUUGAUUAUCUUUACCCAAGACCUUAGCAGCGGAGGAGGAGCACAGGCAUGGAACUACAACUACAGCAUCAGCCCAAACCGGAGAUGGCUGCAGGCCCGCCAGUGGUGUCAGGAGCACUUCACAGACAUGGUGACCAUCCAGAGCCAGGAGGAGACGGACUUCAUCAACAAUCUGCUGCCGUUUAACCCAAAAUAUUACUGGAUAGGCGUCCGCAGAGUGGAUGGAGCGUGGAUAAGGGUGAUGACCAAUGAGACUGUCCCAGAAGACGCCCAGAACUGGGCACCAGAUGAGCCGGAUGACUUAGUGGGUCAGGACUGUGUGGAGAUUUAUCUUAAGCGGGAGAUAGAAGUAGGCAUGUGGAACAAUGAGAAGUGCAGCAAAAGGAAGGGAACGGUCUGCUACUCAGCCUCUUGUACACAGGAUUCCUGCAGUGCACAUGCAGAGUGUGUGGAGACUGUAGGGAACCAUACUUGCCAGUGCCAUCCUGGUUUCCAUGGCCCACGCUGUGAAGAGGCAAUCGAAUGCAAACCCUUGCUGGAUCCUGAACAAGGUUCUCACCAAUGUUUCUGUCCCUACGGGUGCAAUCGGUUCAACUCUUCCUGCAGUUUCCACUGUGAACUUGGUUUCCACUUGGUAGGCGUGCCCCAACUCUUGUGCCAAACCAGUGGACAUUGGAACCACCGUGUACCUCUGUGUCAAGUUGAACAGUGUCCAGUUCUGAACCACACCAACAGCAGUGGCGGUCGAAUGAACUGCAGCCACCCCAUCGCAGAUUACAGCUACAACUCCACCUGUGAGGUCAGGUGUGACGAAGGCUAUGAACUCAGUGGAGACGGCCACAUACGCUGUGACCACACCGGCCAGUGGACAGCCAGUGUCCCAGAAUGCACAGUGGUGCAGUGCAACAGCCUAGAUGUUCCACCUCAUGCCUCCAUACAAUGCCAGGGCCCUUUGGGAGAGUACAGCUAUGGCUCAAUAUGCACUGUGCAAUGUGAAGAAGGAUUUGAACUGAUCGGCACAAACAAGACAAAAUGUUCCUCACAGGGCGACUGGAGUCACGCCCUUCCUCUCUGCCAGGCUAAGAGGUGCAUUCCCCCAAAUCCACCCUCUCACGGCUCCAUUUCCUGUUCCGACCCAAAUGGUUCCUUCCGUUUUGGUUCUCGAUGCACGUCGACCUGUGACGAGGGAUUUCUCCUGAAUGGGACGUCCAGCGCUGAGUGCACCUCUCUGGGCUCAUGGAACGCAGACAUCCCACGUUGCCCAGCUAGAACAUGUCCCACUUUGAACUCUCCAACCAAUGGUUCUUUAUCCUGCUCCCAUCCCCAUGGAGAGUUCAGGUUUGGGUCUCGGUGCACAUCAGCCUGUGUGGAGGGUUUUCUCCUGAAUGGGACGGCUGACACAGAAUGCACCUCUGUGGGCUCAUGGAACGCAGACACCCCACUUUGCACGGCUAAGAGAUGUCCGUCUCUGAACCCUCCCUCUCACGGCUAUUUAUCCUGCUCCGAUCCUCAUGGAGAGUUCAGAUUUGGUUCUCAGUGCACGUCGUCCUGUGAGGAGGGUUUUGUCCUGAAUGGGACGUCCAGUGCUGAGUGCACCUCUGUGGGCACAUGGAACGCAGACAUCCCACGUUGCCCGGCUAAAAGAUGUCCCACUCUGCACUCUCCAACCAAUGGCUCUUUAUCCUGCUCCCAUCCCCAUGGAGAGUUCAGGUUUGGGUCUCGGUGCACAUCAGCCUGUGAGGAGGGUUUUCUCCUGAAUGGGACGGCUGACACAGAAUGCAACUCUGUGGGCUCAUGGAACGCAGACACCCCACUUUGCACGGCGAAAACAUGUCCGGCUCUGAACCCUCCCUCUCGCGGCUCUUUAUCCUGCUCUGAUCCCCAUGGAGAGUUCAGGUUUGGUUCUCAGUGCACUUCAGACUGUGAGGAGGGUUUUGUCCUGAAUGGGACCACGGACACUGAGUGCACCUCUCUGGGCACAUGGAGCACAGAACCACCACAUUGCUUGGCACGUCCAUGCCCCCUAUUGGCCGAAGCGCCACAACAUGGGAGGAUGAACUGCAGCCAUCCACACUCCCCUUUCAGCUACGACUCCCACUGUGACUUUGGAUGUACUGAGGGAUUCUGGCUGAGAGGAACUCCCACUGUGACGUGCAAUAGCUCAGGCCACUGGAGUCGGGAUCUACCCACCUGCGAGCUUGUACAGUGUGAGGUCAUCCGUGCCCCGUCUCUACCCCUGUCUGUGAACUGCUACCACCCUCUGGGCAACUUCAGCUUUGGCUCCCAGUGUCUUUUCACCUGUAAAGGCAGAUUCUCCCUGAAUGGCACUGAGGUGCUGCUCUGCUCGUCCACUGGGUUUUGGAGUGACGAUCUGCCAAACUGCACAGAAGAUCUGCCGGUGGGGGCGGCCAUGUUGAUGUACCCGGUCAUCGCUGCGACCUCUGUGCUCGUGCCACUCGCCCUGAUCGGACUGGCUGCGUUGAUUCUGACACAAUUCAAGAGAAAAGGAAACAGAGCCAGGUCUGAUGGGUCAUUGUGGGAAGAGAGAGAGAAUCCAGCAUUUGAGUUUUGAUUUUUUUUGUGUUGAUGCUUUUGUAUUGAUUACGGAUGAGGGUGUUGUUUGUUGUUAUGUUGCAGUUAAUUUUCUCACUCUCAUACAUAGACAUAUUAUUUUCUGCAUGUUAAUUUAAUAUUGUCAAAUUUUAUAGAUUUUAUCUAUAUUUACGUAGCAGCUUUGAAAUGAGCCCAGGUUUUCUGCUCCCCCUGCUCUGUGUAUGAUUAUUUGUAAUUUUGUAUUUUUAAUCUGUGCAAAAAAAUUAAACUAUUUCUGCAACUUCA